AUGGCAUCAAGCUCGUCCUCUUUCGCUCGGAUCCUCCGACGUAGCACUGUGAAGCCGAGCUUAAUACUCUCGCGUGAGCGAACACUGACUCAGCAGGCAUCUCCACUGCAAGAGACCACUGCUGUUCGCGAGAUUCACAAGCUCAUGGCGCAAGUUCGAGGAGUUUAUCCUCAAAAGCUCAAGCGGAGCAUGCCCACUCGACUGGCUCCACGUAGGAGUUGGAUGAAAGAGAUGGAAUCGCAACAACGCCCCGAGGCUCCUUGCACCUCGUCAGAGCUACCCGAGUCAAUGCUCAAGCCAAAGCGCAUGCAAGACAGCUACGUAGAACUCUACCUUCCCUUUACCCAAGAGCCUGAAUUGCUGGAAAAGUACAUUGCAACCUCUGGCCUAAUCCGACUCGGCAAGGUUCUCGAAGAUCUCGACAGUCUGGCAGGCGCCAUCUCCUAUCAACAUGCUCUCGGCCCUCGUCCAGGAGAGGUUUCGGCUGCCAUCUACAUCGUCACCGCCUCCGUGGACCGUCUCGACCUGCUCGCUCCUCUGACAGCAGAUGCCAACUACCGCCUUUCUGGACACGUCAUCUACGUUGGCUCCUCCAGUAUGGAAGUCUUUGUCAGCAUCGAAGAGCUCACUGAGCCGCCUCAACCAAACAAGAUCUGUCUCACAGGUCGAUUCACUAUGGCCGCACGAAACGCACAUACACUUGGUAGCCAACGCAUCGCGCCACUCCUUCUCGAGACGGACGCAGAAAAAGCACUCUUCGCCAUGGGUGAGAGCCACAAGAAGCGCAAACGCAUGGAUGCAGCUUCGUCGCUUGAAAAGGUACCCCCGAGCAAAGAGGAAGCUUUCUUGUUGCAUAGCCAAUACAUCCGUGGUCUGCACGCAGGCAUGUUUGCCACCGACGAUCUGCAUGGACCCGCCAUGAAGAUGGAGCCUGUUCAUCAGACUAGCGGCCCCACAUUGGUGCCUGUCAGCAAGACGAGCUUGAGUACCACAAUGCACAUGCAUCCGCAACAGCGCAAUGUCCACCAAAAGAUCUUUGGUGGUUUCUUGAUGAGGUCGGCAUAUGAGCUUGCUUGGAUGGUUUCCGCUUCGCUCGUGAACCGUCACGUUCAGUUCCUCUCGCUCGAUGCCCUCUCCUUCCACGCACCCGUGCCCAUCGGCGCUAUGCUGCAGCUCUCCUCUCAAAUCGCAUACACUUCCGAACCAGACCAACAUCUACAAGGCCACACCAUUGCCAGUGUCACCCUUCUGGCCCAAGUCGUUGAUCUCGAGACUGGCGAGCGCAAGAAGAGCAACACUUUUCACUUCAGCUUCGACCUCGGCAAAACCGACUGUCAGGUCCUACCACAAACUUACAAGGAGGCAAUGGAGUUUAUCGAGGGCAGACGAAGAGUCGAGAUCGGUGCUGAAAUGCGUCGUCUCUACUCGGGCGAGUCGUCAGGGUCACCGCAAGCUUGA